AUGUUUAUGGUGGCGGCAAUUUUCCAAGCUCUAGACACCGAUCGAGCCGUUGAGAACGAGGAACACUACCAGAAGACUACCGUCACGAACGUUCAAUCACAGCAAGCAACCAUGGCUGACGAAGAGGUCAUGCAGAAGGUUGUUGUCAAGGAGGACGAGUUCAGCGGUCUGAUCGGGAAUAUCGCUGGGAAUCUCAUCAGAGACAGGGUACGUUUACUCUCUGACAAUGGUGCCUUGACGUGA